AGAGGAGGAGGAGGGAUGGCGGCGGCUGCGGCGGAGGGCGCGGCGGCGAAGGCGCUGCGGGCGGUGCUGGGGCGCGCGGCGAAGGCGGCGGAGCGGUCGGGGCGCGCGGCGGAGGCGGUGCGGGUGGUGGCGGUGGGGAAGACGAAGCCGGUGUCGAUGGUGCGGGAGCUCUACGACGCCGGCCACCGCUGCUUCGGCGAGAACUACGUCCAGGAGUUCGUCACCAAGGCGCCGCAGCUUCCAGAAGAUAUCCGGUGGCAUUUCAUCGGCCACCUGCAGAGUAACAAGGUGAAAUCACUGUUAGCUGCUGUUCCAAAUCUUCACAUGGUUGAGGGUGUAGAUAAUGUAAAGAUUGCUAACCACCUUGAUCGUGCUGUUAGUAGCUUGGGAAGGGAUCCUUUGAAAGUUUUGGUACAAGUAAACACUAGUGGAGAAGAAUCAAAAUCUGGUAUUGAUCCCUCCAGAUGCGUCGAGCUUGCCAAGCAUGUGAAGUUAGCAUGCCCACACCUAAUAUUUUCAGGUCUCAUGACAAUAGGAAUGAAAGACUACUCCUCAACACCAGAAAAUUUUAAGGCACUGGUAAAUUGUAAACUUGAAGUUUGUAAGGCCAUUGAUAUGCCGGCAGAACAGUUUGAACUCUCCAUGGGAAUGUCUGGUGACUUUGAGCAAGCGUUGCAGGUUGCUUCUUCAAUGGCAGGUUCGGAGGAUUUGAGCGGUUUGACAGCUUCCCUUGGAGAGUUACACGUUGAAUCAUCAGCUCUGAAGGACAGUGAAAUUUCUCAUCCUGGCAAUGCGUUUGAUGAUGAUGCUAUCGCUGAUGAUGAUGUAUGGGAUGAUGUUUCGGAUUCUCCUGGUCAUGGAUCCACAUUAGACAGAGAGUGGGCUCACAGGCAGAACCAGUUUCAUAAGAUGGGAUACAGGGAUGGUAUAGCUGAAGGACAGAAGGACAUUGCCCAAGAGGGCUUCAAUGUUGGGUUUGGGCAAUCUGUGCAUGUUGGCUAUAAGUGGGGACUUGUUCGUGGGAUUACCAGUGCAUUAGCUAGUCUCCCAGACAACUUGAAGGAAAAGAUGUUCCCCAAUGUCCAGUGCAGAGGACAACUCCAAGAUCUGAAUAAUUCUGUGCAAGAAAUUUCAGCAGAAGACGCACUUCAGAUGUUUCAUGAGAGCAUUCUUCGGAGUAGCCAUUCAUCAGAGGAACCAGAUGCAACAUUAAAGAGAGCUACAGAUUCCAGUAGGUUGCAAAGCCUCUCAAAGGAUCUUGUGAUUUUGUUGCAUGAAUGCCCAGAUGUGAAAGUUAGUGAAGAAUUGACAGGAGAUUCAUAAACAAGUUGGCGGAAUUGUGAGCACUACCAAUCCUAUGUCUGGCCUAGUUGCUACUUGUGUCGAAUUUCAGUUUGCUGAACAUUGAGGAAGAUGGUGAUUCAGGGGUGUUGUUGGAGAUGGAAGCGAUUCAAUUCCUUGAUCUCGCAACCCUGAUUUGCUGUUUCAAACUCAGAAGGCUUAAUUAAGCCUCAAAGACCAAGAAAUUAUUAAGAAUGUAAUUGUAAAUCUUGUAACUAAGGUUUCAUUGAUCAUAUAAGCCUUUCCUUUUCCUGCUAGAUAUAACCGGUUUUGUAUCUCUAACUCGCAGUAUGCACACACACAUUUCACUAGAACUUUGGCAGAUGCUAAGAUGAUAACUUCCUGAAUAUCUUCUGCAGAAAGUCUGAUGUAUGACAGUUGCAUUGUAACUUUGCAUCUUCUGGUUCCAGGAAGUGUUACUUUUUUUAUCAAUUGAGAAGGUUCGAGCCA